UGACGCAUUGUAUUUUGAGUGUGUUUUGGACGUUUAUUUGGCGCUGAGACAUCGAUUGUUGUCUGUCAAUAGAGGGCUUGCAGUAGGCGGGCUGUUUAUUUUAUUGAGACACUUUUUCCUACAGUGAAUGGAUUCGCCACAAAUAUGCGUUGCUAAUAAAUGUGUUUCUGCAAUAUGAAGUAUGGAAGAAGACGAUGUGACCAUCAGAGAGCAGAAUUUCCACAGCCAAGUGCGCGAGUACAUCGUCUGCUUCCUCCUGUUUGCAGUACUAUAUAUUGUGUCUUAUUGCGUCAUCACACGCUACAAGAGGAAAAGCGAUGACCAGGAAGAUGAGGAUGCCAUUGUCAACAGAAUAUCAAUGUACCUAUGUACAUUUACAUUGGCAGUAUCAGGAGGGGCCGUCCUCCUUUUGCCAUUCUCUAUAAUCAGUAAUGAGAUCCUGCUCUCCCUUCCCAAAAACUACUACAUACAGUGGCUUAAUGGAUCACUCAUCCAUGGCCUGUGGAAUCUGGUGUCCCUCUUCUCAAAUCUCUGUCUUUUUGUACUGAUGCCUUUUGCAUAUUUCUUCCUGGAGUCUGAGGGCUUUGCAGGUUCAAAAAAGGGCAUCAGAGCUCGUAUACUGGAGACAUUUGUCAUGCUGUUUCUGUUGGGUCUCCUCAUCCUCGGCAUCGUGUGGGUGGCGUCCGCUCUCAUCGAUAAUGAUGCCGCCAGCAUGGAAUCACUCUAUGAUUUAUGGGAGUUUUAUCUGCCCUACCUCUACUCCUGCAUCUCUCUGAUGGGUGGCCUGUUGCUCCUUAUGUGUACUCCUGUGGGACUGUCACGCAUGUUCACAGUGAUGGGCCAGUUACUAGUCAAACCCACAAUUUUAGAGGAUCUGGAUGAGCAGAUUUACUGUAUUCAGCUGCAGGAAGAGGCUCUGGAGCGCAGACUCAAUGGUACAACAUCCAACUGUUAUUUCCAUGGAAACUCUCAGCAUCUCUACAAAGACCUGGAUAGCAUCCGCAAUCAGAGAUACAAACUCGAAAGGAGAAAAAAGGCCUCCGCCUGGGAGAAGAACCUGCUUUACCCCAUCGUGAUGCUGAUCCUGCUUGCUGGAACGACCAUUUCUGUUCUCCUGGUUGCCCUGAACAUCGUGUACCUGCUUGUUGAUGAGACCGCUUUACCAAAGGGUUCAAAGGAGAGAGAUAUUGGCAAUGCCUCCACAUUUGGAGUUGCCCAGGCAGUUAUUGAAAUCAUUCUCAUGUUUUAUCUUAUGGUCUCAUCUGUGGUUGGCUUCUAUAGUCUUUGGAUCUUUCAAGAGCUCACUCCCAGAAAGGACGACACUACCAUGACAACGAUCAUUGGUUGCUGUGUAUCCAUUCUCGUGCUGAGCUCAGCCUUGCCGGUCAUGUCUCGAACGCUGGGAAUAACAAGAUUUGAUCUCUUGGGAGAUUUCGGGCGAUUUAAUUGGCUUGGAAAUUUCUACAUUGUAGUUUCAUACAACCUUUUGUUUGCUGUGGUAACAACGUGGUGUCUGGUGCGAAAGUUCACGUCUGCCGUGCGAGAGGAACUUCUCAAAGCCCUUGGUCUGGAUAAGUUGAAUUUGUCAAACAGUACAACAGAUGCAGAAUCAGGGAAACAUGCUGCCAACGGGCAUCAAAAAACCCUGUGAGAAUCCCUGCUCGCACAUCCACCUGCGUGUGCAGAUACCUCUAAUUUUUAGAGUACAGUAAUAUUCAAUGAGAGGUCAUUGAAAAAGAAGAAGUGAAGAAUAUUCAUGUCCAUCAUCUCAUCAGAUCAGUGAGUCAUUGAAACUUUCACCUCCAGCUUCUACUCCAGUCAUGCUGGUCAACCAGUCUCUCUUUUCACUAUUGAUUGCAAGUGAAAAUAAUUUGAUGUCAUGUGGUUAGUAAUAUUUUUGUUGCUUUAAUUUCAAGGUAGAAAAUGUUAUUGCACACCUUAAAAGCCUCUUGACUGCACUCUUUAUUUUGGGAUUGUUUUUUAUAUAUUUUUGUUUUGUUAGAUACAAUUAGGGGAAUUUUUUGCCAAGUUGAUAAUUUCACAGAUUUUUAUUUUCACAUUAGUCUUUCACUUGCAAUGAGGCACGCAUCAGAUCCUGUUUUCCCUCUUGAUUAUUGUUUAAAAUUUUGCUCCGAAAAUGUUACAUUUAAAUUGGUUUAGGACAUAAAAGCAAGUUUACAAUGUUGGAAAAUAUGCACUGUAAAAAAGAUUUGUUGGUUUAACUUAAAAAAAGUAAGUUACCUAGUUAUCUUAAAAUAUGAAGUUCAUUUAACUUAAAAAUAUUAGUUGAUUUAAAAUAAAAAAGAAAGUUGAAUUAACUUAACAUUUUAGGGCAACCAGGUACUUUACUUUAAGUUCAAACAACUUUUUUUACAGUGUGUGAAAAACAACCCUUUAUUUUACAUGACCGAUAAUUCAUUACAUGUUAGCAAAACAAGACUGAACAAACACUGUAAAAAAAAAAAUAAUACGCUGGAUUUACUUAAAAAUAUAGUGCAUCAUUUUUGCAUCCACUUUUUUAAGUAAGUUUUACUUGAAAUUUUAUGCAAUUGCAUAAAUUGCUUAAAAUUCAAUGUAAUACUUACUUUAAAAAAAAAAUGGAUGCAAAAAUGAUACACUAUAUUUUUAAGUAAAUUCAGCCUUUAUUUCUUCAGUGUAUAUUGGAUUGAUAUCAUAUUUUAUUCCCAAUUUGAUGGAUUCUUAUGCAAAUGAGGUACAUUACAAUAUAUACACAGUUCGUAAAACUCUCUUUUACUAGCAAAAUGUGAUAAUCCUGGUAUGUUUUUGCAAUGGCUAUUCACAGUGACAAAUAUUCUAAAAGUCCCAUCAGAUGUAAAAGUUUCUGUAAUCUAAAAGUUUGUCUGCCAUUCGAUGUGUUUACAUUCACUUUGUUAAUACGAUCAGAUGUUGGUUAGUUACAACGAGGAAGCGUUAUGAGUUCCUCAUGCUUUACUGUGACAAUUUUGGGUUUGUUGGAUGUGACAGAAUUAAGUAAUGGGAAUUUACAAGGAAACUCCCAAACAUGUGCCUUACUUUAAAUAAAUAUUCUGGUUAGUAAUAUAUUCUGGGUAGGGAGCUCACCUGCCAACAUGUCUUCAUGCACUGCUACUGUUUUAAUCCUAUUUUCAUGCUAAGAUGGUUUUAAAGCAUUAGCAACAACCAGCGGUAAACCGGAGCAUGUUGUUGUGUGUUUAUUUAAAUUGGUUGUGCUUACGAUCUAGAAAUGAUGCAAUCUGCCAGUCACUCUGGGUAAAAUCACCUUAAUCACAUUUAAUGUAUUGUUGUGAGCCAUCACAGGAAGUAGAAAGGGAAUAUUUGUGUCACAUCAGUAGUAAAAUGCACCAAAUAAUUGUUGGCAGAAUGUGGGGCACAAUCUUGGGUUUUACUUCCUUUUCCUGUUCUUAAAUCUGCUGCUACCUCCUCUAUAACCUUUGAUACUAUACAAAUAUAUUACAGAUGCUAAGCAAACUUGAGUUUUUUCCUGCAUAUAACAAAAAACAGGCAUUAUUUUAAUCUUAGUAAUUGCUGCAGUGCUUUAUAAUGAUGUGCGUGUAUAUAUAUAUAUUUGCCUUAUUCUAAGGAAACAUCUCUAUUAAUGUGUAAGGAAAACAGCCUUUAAACAUCUGUUGAAUACAUAUGAGGCUGCUUUUCUUUUUGCAAAUGGCAGAUCGUUACAUCCAUGAACGGUGAUGAUUUAUGUACAGUUUUUUUCCACUUGCUCUCAUGCUGUAUAUUAGCUCAGCCUGUGUAAAAAUACCAAUAAAUGUAGAUCAGGAGCUAAUGAUUUAUUUUGUUAAAAUGGCUGUGAAAACAAGACUGCAGAGCCAGAUCAGUCAAUUCAACAACCAUUCAAGUGUAUUUUCCGGUGAUGUGAAAUGAAUGUAAAAUUCACGUCGGGUCAGUUUAUCUCCUGUUAAAUACAAACUAUUCGUUUGUAUACUAGCUUUAUUUUAAUUACGUUACUGAGCACAGGUGAUAUUUUGUUAUGUGUAGUUUCUAGACAUUCCCAUUUAAGUUACAAAACCGACGGUCUGAAGAACAUGAACUGUUUUGGCCAUUCAUGCCAUUUCUCUGUCAGUCUGUGACUCAGAGCAAAGCUUUGAUGUAAAACCGCAUAGUCAUCCUUUAGUGUUCAGUCUACUUUCUUCAUCCGUUUAACUAGCUCAUGUUAAUGUAAAUGAUGUAUUUAUAUAUGUGUAUAUAUAGUAUAUUUCCUCUUUUUAUUUUUGUAGAAUGUAGAUAUGUAACAGGCUCUCAAGCCUUAUUCAUACUAUGCUAUUUGUGAAAAGGCCAGACAAUUAGUCACUUAGCAUUUGUUUAUUGUUAAGAAAAAUCACCUCUGAUGCCUUAAACGGGCUUUCUCUGCUAUUUCGUUUGUGUCUCCUUUUUCUCUUUAGUUGAGGAGACAUGCUUUUCAAAUGUGUACCUUUUUAUUGACUAAUUCACUGUGAAUCCCUCAUGUGAUUGUCAAUAACACGGCAUACCAAAAUAAUAAAUAAAAACAGGGCAUGUCUUGAACUUGAACUGGCCAAAGGAAAUGUAUAAAAAAAAAAAUCAGGGCUCUGAAGUGGAAUAUUUUUGCGUGGGCAGGAGUGUCUUUAGGAAAUGUAUUUGAUUUAUAUUCACAUGAGGGACACUAAAUUCAAAGCCUGUGAAAAGGUUGUUUAAAAAAAAUCUACACCUCAGUGGGUUCUUGGGUUCAAAAUGAUGCAUUGUUUUUGGUGUUUUUAUUGUAAUGAAUAGAUAAAGGUUGUAGAAUGUCUUAUCUUCCUGUUGAUUUGCACAAUAAAAUUUUGUAAGAAAAUGUUCCUGCAAAAAGUGUUCUGUCAUCCAAGUAAGGUAUGUUUCAUUUUUAUAUUGCAUAUUCAAACUUUAGUAUCACUUAAGUCUGCAUUUCCAGCACAUCCCAUGUCAUAAAUUACCUUUUAGUACCGUCUGUGUGUACAAAAUUGUGCUUGUUUGAAGUAAAUAGAGUUUUUGAAGGAUGUUGCUGUGCCAGGGUCCUGCCUUUAUGCAAAACAAAAGCUAUUUUAUCAAUUUGUGUGUUAGGUUUCUUAAAACAGAGGCAAUUGCUAUUAUGUACUACAAUUAACUGUUAAAGAAACCUGUUCAUUCAUUAUUUAGUUUCCUUUCUUCUGGUGGACACAUUGUCCUGAAGAGACACAUACUGCAUAAUAUGGCAUGCUGUGGUGUUUCAGAAAUAUUCACACCAAAACUUGUUUGAUCAUCAUAGGCUUAAUGUCCUUACAGGUCUCAUUUGAGUUCUCUGUACUUGUUUGUUGCUUCUGUUACAUGUAUGAAUGUUCUUGUGCUUAUUUAAAGUUUUAUUAAUUUCAUAUGUUUGUGGUGUUUAUAAAGCAAAAUGUUGAGAUUCGCCUUAGUUUAUUUUGUAUUAACUUCAGUUUACAAAUUUUAUUACAAAUAAAGUUUGUGAUUUUUGAUGA